AUGGAGGGGCAUGCUAAGCUUAUGGUUGUGACAAUGGUGCUAGUGGCAUUAGCCUUUGGGUCCGGUCCCAUAGUCUCUAAUGGUCAGAAAGUUUGUGAUAUGAGCAAAGGGGAUUUCGAGGAAUGCCGGCCGAGCGUGAACACCGCAGAUCCGAGCCCCCCGCCGCCUUCGGCCGCGUGUUGCAAGGCUUUAGACAAUGCCGACUUCAAAUGCCUUUGUUUCUUCAAGAACUCCCAGUGGAUGACGAAGUAUGGAGUCGAUUUCACUCGAGCUAAAGGCCUUCCCGGGAAGUGCAACUUGGGGAAAUCUUUCCCUUGCUAG